GAGGAAAGAAGACCAGCCAUUUUCGACAGUACAAAAGAGGAGGCAUUUCUUUUGCGUCCAUCAUCGCCACCGGGCAUCGCACCAGCACUGGCAUCUCAGGAAGCGAAAGAGAAAGCAUCUAAUCCCGAAAUCAAAUCAAAUGGGUCUGAGCGACGACCAGGUUGCUUCCAUGAAGGAAGCUUUCACUCUCUUCGAUACCGACAAUGACGGUCGGAUCGCUCCUUCCGAGCUUGGGAUCCUCAUGCGUUCUCUCGGCGGAAACCCCACCCAAGCUCAACUCAAAGCCAUCAUCGCCGAAGAAAAUCUCUCCGCCCCCUUCGACUUCCCUCGAUUUCUCGAGCUCAUGGGCAAGCACAUGAAGGCCGAGCCUUUCGACAAGCAACUUCGCGAUGCUUUCAAGGUUCUCGACAAGGACUCCACCGGAUUUGUCUCCGUCACGGAGCUCAAACACAUCCUCACCAGCAUUGGCGAGAAACUCGAGCCCGCUGAGUUUGAUGAGUGGAUCAAGGAAGUUGAUGUUGGUUCCGAUGGCAAGAUCCGUUACGAGGAUUUCAUUGCCAGAAUGGUGGCUAAGUGAGAUGCUUCCGCAUAUGGCUUUUCUUCUCUUUUGAUGUUUUUAUCGACUAAUUGGCUACAUCUUGUUUAUAUACUAUUCCCUUCCUUUGUUGGGUGCUUUGGUCGUGAAUUCGAGAUGUUUGCUGUUACUGGUUUGGCUCCUUUUUGUUUUUUUUUCCUUCAAAUUUUUAUAUGUAGUGGACGAAUUCACCAAACUAUGCUGAUCUAUUUUUCGUUUGGUCCCCCCCCCCCCUAUUUUGAAUAUUUUGGGCCCCAAUAUUCAUGUUAUGUAGCUAAUGUAGCUGGUUUAUGGAAACGGUGGCCCUCCGUGCUCCUUCAAUUUUCUGUCUUUGCUUUGGAUUUGUAUGAAAUCCGGCCUAUUCUAUAUAUAUGCUUUAAGUUUUUCUUAUC